GAAAACUAUCGACCAGUGGAAGUUACGAAAUAUAAACACAACCAGCUUAUAGAGUGAAACUGAACUGCAGUAUGGCUGAGGGCAGCUCCAGUAGUGUUGUACCCAUUACAAAAGGAAGAGUUCAUCCUGAAGAUGAGGGUGGAAGUCAUUUCAAAAGUAAGAUUGGCCUGGUGUUAUCAUGUCUUGGCUGUGUUGUUGGUACAGGCAACAUUUGGAGGUUCCCAAGAAUAGUUGCUAAUAACAGUGAAGGGAAAGGAUGUCUACAGUUUCUAUUAGCAUGGCUAAUGUUCCUGUUUCUGUGGUCAAUUCCUAUACUUAUCAUCGAGUAUGCUGUCGGCAGAUAUACAAGACGAAGUACCGUUCGUUCGUUCAGGAUUCUGAUUGGAAAGGGGUCGGCUUGGUGUGGAGGCUGGAUGACAGUUGUCAAYACAAUGAUUGGAGGCUACUAUUCCGUCGUCCUUGGAUGGUGUUUCUAUUUUCUUUUCGUUUCAAUAUUUUAUUCAUUACCAUCAUCACGCGAAGAGAGCUUAGCAGAAUGGGACAAGAUGGAGAAUUCAAGUUGGCCAAUCUUCUGUCAUUUCCUCAGUGUACUAUUGGCCUCAGUCAGCAUUACGAAGGCAGCGAAGUCCAUUGAACUAGUGAAUAAAAUCAUUAUUCCAAUAUUAUUGGUCAUUGUAGCAUUUUCCUUUUAUUGGUCCUUAACGCUGAAGUACGCCAGCUAUGGAAUUUCGUAUUUGUUUACACCAGACUGGGAGGCAUUAAAGAAUCCAAGUCUUUGGGUUGAUGCAGCUUCACAGAAUGCAUGGGACACAGGUGCCGGUGUUGGUUUACUUCUAACGUACGCAACGUUUAUGACGAAAGAAAACGGUGUUGUGAAAAUAGGRACUACCAUACCAGCCUGUAAUAAUCUAGUCAGUUUGUUGUGCUGUAUAACAACCUUUUCGACGGAGAUGAACAACGAUUCACCAAGCAGCCAAGAGGAGAUUGUGGCACUAUUAAAAAACAACGGAAAAGCAAACACUGGUCUCACCUUUAUAUGGAUGCCACUUCUAUAUAACAGCUUUGGUUCGGCAGGACGUUUUUUGUGUGUAGUGUUUUUCCUGUGUUUGUCUUUAGGUGGACUUAGCUCGCUUAUAUCUGAGAUUGAAUUGUGUGUUCACACAUUGCAAGAUAUGGAAGUUCCCAGAAAAUGUGGUCUGCCUCUCGCCUCUCUACUAAUAUUUGGGAUCGGAUUGGGAUCCGCAGUAGAUCUARACAUACUUGUCAACCAGGAUUUUGUUUGGAGUUUUGCUUUAAUUAUUGCUGGAGGGAUGACGCUUUCCCUUCCRAUUCGAUAUGGUAUCAAAGAAUUCCGUCGUGUCGUUGUCAAUACGUUUGGUACAGACGAUUGGAAUCUUCCGAAAUUUUGGGAAAUUAUUGUGAAAUAUAUAGCUCCAUUAGAAGCCUUAGGUUUACUGAUAUGGUGGAUUUACGACCACAUUCACAACUCCAACGCCUGGUAUAAACUUGAGARAGAAAGCCUAAUGAUGGCCAUAUUACAGUGGGGUAUUGUUUUAGCCUGCCUUUUGGCAGCCAACUUUGGYUGGAUCUACUUCAAACGGCAACGGAGCGCCACAUUUCGCACCAAGUAUGGAUCAACUGGUAAAUCAGACGUCAGYAAUAACUAACGGACGCGAAAAGUGAAACACAAACAAACAAAUUUUAAACUAAUACGUCAGGCAAUAGGCAAUGUACAGGGACGCCAUUUUGUGCAGCAAAGCAUGACGGUAGUUGUACUCGUACUUUUCAUAGACCCUAAAAUAUCUCCCUAAAAGCCUUUUUUUAUUUUCUUUUUAAAAAUGCCACAAAAAAUACUUCUAUUUUCGGUUAGAAAAAGCAACUGGGUAAGAGGACUGUUUUAGCGGACAUAAAAAAAUGCGAGGACUAUACAACUACCAUGAUCCUUUGCUAGUGAACAAAAUGUCGUCGUUGCACAUUGCCUAUUGAAACCACGGCUUCCCAACUCUCGGUGAAUGCCGGGGGAAUGAACAUUUUCAACAAGGAAUUCCCGGCGCUUAUAGGACAGACGUGACUAAGUAGGACAUUUCUUUUGAUUUAGACGUUCAUUCCCCUGUCUUCCCCUGGAUUAAUGCUGAUUCUCGACUAUAAUUCGGGGUAGCCCUUCACGGUUUUGCAAGAUCUUAUCCGAUUGGUUUACUAGCUAUUUGUCAAAUAAAAGAAAACAAUGGAAUUUAAGAACGAGGAAAUCUCCAAUUACAAAAAACCUUACAAACUCGUGAAGGAUAACAUAAUAAUUUGUUAAUUCUCUUGCCUUCCCCGGGGGUUGGAGGGACGGGGUUUCAAUUGGCUAAUGCGCAAUGGUGGUGCCUUUAAGGCAACUCCUUUUUCGUAUACAUAAGUAGCUAGACUUUUUAUCUAAAAAUGUAUUGUUCAUAUUAAAUUAUACAUUAUAUUAUUUUAAGAAGCAAAAUUAUUUCGCACAUUSAAAAUGGCGUCACCACUCAAAUGUAACAUAUAUAACAGAGAAAAUUAUGGUGCAUGUAAUAAAAGAAUAAUUACGUCAUUUCCAAUAAUAAA